AUGAAGUGUGAGCAUGAUGAACACUAACAAACUGUUGAAAACACUUCUUAUUCUACAACUGUUUGGAGGGAUGUCUGGAAUUUUCUUUCCUGAAAUUGGUGUGAUCAGUCGAGACCCAUUUUGUGAUAAAGUUUAUGGUAAAAAAUCAUGUGCUGUGUUUGGAGGUUUUCUCAAUCUCACAUGCACAAUUGAUUUUAAUGUUUAUGAAGGAAACAAAACCGCAGCUGAUAUCUUCUUUGAGUUCGAACAGGGAAAUGAGAUACUUCCAUACCCACCUGAAUUUGUGACGGUGGUUGACAAUGCAACUGCAGUUUUAUCUGUUCCUGAUAUGCCACAUUUCAAACUCUCGACUGAAAAUACAACUGGGCGGUGUCAUCACGCCUGUGUGAUCAGGGAAGAUGCGGAAAAAUCAACAUUUGUAGACGAUAUACCAACAGUUGUAGCUCAUUUGCCUGUCCAGCCUCACAGUAUUGAGUGCCGAAUAAAGAACUGGAAUGAUUUUGUUAUUUGUCAAUGGCAACCUCAGAUUAUCCACAACACAAUCAACACUCAAAUAAAAACAUAUGUAAAACAUUGUGAGAAUUGUUCAAAAGAACUUGCAUGUCAUUACAAUUAUCCCGUUGAUGAACUGAGUCCUUGCAUUGUGAAGUCCAAUACAACAUACUUCUACUUUGAGGUUGAGAUAUAUAAUGAACUGAAUAAUAAUGGAGCGCUCACCACAAGCUUUACUGGGAAUACACAUACUCUAGUUGAACCUGCUCAAGUAGUUGCUAAUGCUACUGCAGGUGACAGUUCUAGUAUAGAUGUCAUAUGGCUGAGAACUGCCCCUGAUGAAGCCAAUAUUCAAUAUGAUGUCACAUAUACCUCACAAUGGGAAAAACACAAGGUAAUCAAGGCAGAGAAGGAAGGUCUACAUAUCACAGGGUUGGUGCCAUUCACUACUUACACAGUAGAAGUGAUUGUUAGAGCCAUCUAUAACAGCAUGGUUGUAGGGUAUCCCAGCAUUCCCUCUGUAGUCAUAGCAACUACACAUGAAGAUGUGCCAGGUGGGACACCUGCAGUAACAAGGGGUGCAUUUAGAGAAUCUACAGAGUCACAACAAACAUAUGUCACCAUAUACUGGCAGGAAAUUGAGGAAAAAUUACGUCAUGGAAACGUUACAUAUUCUCCAAUAAUGACAAGUCCUCAGUCAAUUAUUCCAGAAAAUAACGGGGAAGCUAUUUUAACGUCUGCAAAAUUUAAGAAAACAAUAGCAGACAAUUACACAUUUGAGGUGAGGAGUCGAACACAAGUCGGGGCCAACUCAUCAUUGCCUAUCCCUCAAAUGGUUGUUUUUGCAGAAAAAAAUCGUGUGAAACCUACUGAUUGGAUAGUGGAAGAUAUAGAUGGCGUGAUAACAUUUCAUUGGCCCAAUAGUACACAUAGCCACACAGCCUUUUGGUGCCUCAAGUCAGCUGACUCUUACUCAGAUUGUCAGGUUGAACUAAAAUGGGAAGUUAUUCCUGUUGGUCAGCAGAACUUAAGUCUAUUUGGCCUCAUCAGCCCAGGACUCCACCUGUUUGGGUUGUCUACAGAGGAUGCAGAAACAAGCAGUGGGUUCCAAUGGGCACGCUGUGUACAUGCUACCACAUCAAGACCAACAAAAGCUCCAGCAAACUUCAAUCUCACUGACUCCAACAACCAACGAGCAGAGAUGAUUGAGGUCAGUUGGAGCCACUACUCUUGCGAAGAGUAUAGUGGUAUUGUGCUCAACUACCUGAUCAGAAUCUGUCGACAAAAUAAUUGUAAAGAAAUUAACACUGAGCCAUUUGCGAGACAGUGGGAGAUUAAAGAUGACCUUGAGGUUGGUGCCAUCUAUACACUGACUUUGGAAGCAGUUACCAAAUAUGGCAAUAGCCCACGUACAAGCCCUGUCACCGCUAUUGCUAAAAGAGAUCCAGCCAAGUUGUCAACUGCAGUCAUUGUGGUAAUCUGCCUAGCAGGCAUUGUUGUGUUUGGAAUGAUAUGUCUGGGGGCAUCCUAUAUGAUAAAAUAUAUAAUUCGUAAAGUAAAGAAAACAAAACCGAAAAUAACAGUGCCUAUGAUGUCCAUUCCUUCAAUAGUUUCUCCAGAUCCUAGAGUUCAAUCUACACCAUACACAACACUGACACCUGGCUCAGAGAAUGGUUAUGUGUCCGUGUCUGAAUGGUCUGAGGGUGGUUCAGAAUCAAGAUUACACUCACAGGUUAGCGUGGUUACUCAGAGUACAGAUAUCUCCAGUGACAUGGAGGACAAUGUUUUCCCUCAGACCCCAGAACCAACAAGCAACAAUGCUCUGUUUAUGAUAUGUGAGGAACCACAGCCUAGAUUCCCUAUACCAGUCCUUGAUGGUGCUGAAGCUAAUGGAUCCCCUAUUCAGAUUCCUGUUGGUGCUACUUUGGGUGUUGAGGAAGGCUACUUAGAACCACAACGUACAAACCACCAUGAAUAUACUAAUGAUGAUGCAUCGAGAAGAAUAUUGGACCAACAGUUGCCACAUAUAGUAGGAGCCCCAGCGAGCAGAGUAGAUACAUUCUCCACAUCUCCCAAUCAUUCCACCACUAACUCUCCUAUAUCUCCUCUCAGUUCAGGAAUGGGAUCCCCUUCUCCAUCGUCAGCGGGAUAUGCUGUAUACGGAGGACCAAGCAGCGGGGAGGCUGCGCAGCACAGUCCAACAUCACAAAGCGCAGGGGUUGACAACCCAUUAUACAUUUCGGAUUUCGGAAAGAAUCAUGAGGAGGAUAGACCACAACAUAUAGUUCCUAAUGAAAGAGACAACAUUGAUCAUCCAAUAGCCAUUACACAAAACCCUGGCUAUAUUGAUCAUCCUCCAACAACCAUUACACAAAACCCUGGCUAUAUUGAUCAUCCUCCAACAGCCAUUACACAAAACCCUGGCUAUAUUGAUCAUCCUCCAAAAAUUACGCAAAAUUCUGACUAUACUGAUCAUCCUCCAACAAUUACACAAAACCCUGACUUUAUUGAUCAUCCUCCAACAAUUACGCAAAACUCUGACUAUAUUGAUCAUUCUGCAGCUUUGCUUCAAAAUCCAGGUUAUGUUGACCAUCUUGCAGCAUUGGGUAAUACCCCAAACCUUGUAAAUCAACCUAAAGACUGUUGUGAGAAUGCAGGCUAUACUGAUAAUGAUGGGCUUUUAAACAAUGGAAACAAUGUCUCACAUUUUACCAUCACUCAAAAUCCAGAAUAUUUUGAUGCUUCAAUUACUGAAGUUAAAGAUAAUGGUCACACUGAGGCUAGUAUGCAGAACUCUGACUAUAUUGAUCAUAAUACACCUGCUACCAUGGAUACAGGCUAUGUUGAUCAUAAUGUAGCUGCUACCAUGGAUACUGGUAAUGUUGACCAUAAUGUGAAGAUUUCCAUGGAACCAGGCUAUGUUGAUCAUAAUGCAAAAGUCGUCACCCCUGAUCAAAGUAUUGUUGCCUCUCCAACCAAGAAUAGGGUACAUUUUGAGGAUAACCCCUCUUACAUCAGAGACACUGUUCAUAGUCCUGAUGGCACAAACUACAUCAACCAUGACAGUCCAAUAGUAACUGGUCAAUCGCAGAAAAAAGAUGACAGAAUUCCAUAUUCUUCAGGAGACCAGGACAGGACAGGAGAUCAGUCAAAUGGCUAUGUUAGCCAUGAUUCUCCGCAUAUCACAGGUCUAGAUGUUGAAUCAGAUGAUGUCUCUAAUCAUAAAGUAUAUGAUAAUACAGGUUAUGUGGAUCACAAUGCUCCAAUAGUACUACAAGGAAACCAAGACUGGGUGGAAAACAAUAAAGGAUUGGAGAAAGAAGGUGAUCAGAGUCAAGAUGAACAACUGAGUGAUCAGUCAACUGAUACAGGAUAUGUAGGGUCCCCCCAAGAUAUCGUAGAUAUUCCUCCUUUCCAAAGACACUGGGAACAAAAUAUUGAGAAUGAUAACAAGCCUGUUGAUAAACCAAAUGAUUCAAAUGGGUACAUCUCAUUGGAUGCAAUGCAGCAAUAUUUUGCACCUAAACCUGUCAUUAUUGUUGAGCAAAAUACCCAAAGUACAGAAAACAGUAUUGAUGAAUUACCUCCUGUCAAAACAAAAGAAAUCAAAAAACCAUCUGAAAAACCAUUGAAAUCAGAACCAAAUGGAAAGUUAAGUUCAGAUUCCAAUGGUUAUAUACCACAUGAGCUUCUUCGUCAUUUUGACCCUAAACCUGUUGUAAUUGUUGAUGCACAUGGCCGGGAGAUAUCUGACAAUAAGGUUGAUAUACAUCAACCCAAAAGUAAAGAGUCCCCUGUAAAGCAGUCUAAUGAUGGAUAUGUUGAAAAUACACACGUACCUCAGCACUUUUAUAAAUCCAUGAAAAAAAUUGAAAUGGGAAAUAUUCCAAGCACCGAAUUGUAGAUCUCUCUUUUGCUUUUAUCCGACAUAACACACUUGAAUUUAGGUAGAAUCUGGAAGAACAGGGGAAGUCCAAUGAGUGGGUUGCAUCUUAAAAUUUAAAUUGCUAAGUGAUGUCAAAUUAUAUCAAAAUUAUCACAUUCCCAUAGAUUUGGUGUCUAAUUUUAUUAUGUCAUUAAAAGUUAUUUACAGUAUAAGCUAAAUAAACCAGGUAAAUGACAAGGGGGUUGGUAUCUGGCUGAGAGGUUUUUAUAAUAGAAUAGUUGAUGUGAUUACUAAAUGUUGCAUCACAUAGUCUCACCAAAGGCAACCAUCCUACCAAUAGGUAAAUGUCUUUUGUUUUGCACAUAAGAUACUCAUUUCAAAAAUGUGUAUCAUAAAUACCCUACGUAUACCUUUUGUAUGUGUAAUUUCAUGAAUUAAAUUCAUUUGUCAAUUAAAUUGAUAAUAAUUGACAAAACAAAUCUUAAGAUAUCUGAUAAUGGUAAGAUGACGUUUAAGGCUAAGACUUUUAAUGUUGCCUUGAUCAUAGUAUAUUUUCAUACUAUAAUUAUACUUCUCUGAAAUUAACAUUAAAGUCAACGUAUGUUUUAAGGGACUUUAAGAUAUCGUACAAUAUUGCCUUGAUCUUAGUAAAUUUGUAUACCAUAAUUG